AGAAACCAUUUCUUCACCAACCUCGCCAUCUCUCUCAGUCUGCCAUACCACACUUCAAAAAACGACCAGUGACUACCCCUCUCUGUCUGUCUCUUAUUAGAAAACACGACCUUUAUCUGCUAAGUGAAGAUUUUGGUCAGUCGGACAACAAAUGGAGGAAGAGAAGGACGCGUUUUACGUUGUACGGAAGGGAGAUAUCAUUGGCAUUUACAAGAGUUUGAGGGAUUGCCAAGAUCAAGCUGGAUCUUCCGUGUGCAAUCCUUCAAUAAGUGUGUAUAAAGGAUAUUGUUUGCCUAAGGAGGCUGAGGAGUACUUUGCCUCACAUGGGCUUAAAAAUGCUACUUAUUCUAUCAGUGCUGUUGAUGUGAGAGAAGAUCUGUUAGGCGAACUUGUUGCUUGCCCUUAUCAGCAACCAGCUUCUUCUAAACUAAAAGCAGCUAACAAGGAUUCUCCUCCAAAGAGAUCACAAGAAGUUCUUCAUUCACAUAACAUUGUGGCUGGAUCAACUUCUCUUUUGACAAAUCCUCAGAAGAAACAUUUCAAAUCAGAUAGUUGCAAUGAAAGUCAUACAAUUUCUUCCAGUUGUAGUUCCUGUUCUCUGGAGUUUGAUGGUGCUUCAAAAGGAAAUCCUGGACAAGCUGGUGCAGGAGCUGUGCUGUGUGCUGAAGAUGGAAGUAUGGUCUGCCGAUUGAGUGAAGGGGUGGGCAUUGCAACAAAUAAUGUUGCUGAAUAUCGAGCUGUAAUUUUAGGUUUGAAGCAUGCCCUUAAGAAAGGAUAUAAACACAUUCGCGUCCGGGGAGACUCUAAACUUGUUUGUAUGCAGAUUCAGGGACUUUGGAAAACCAAAAACCAGAAUAUGGCUGACUUGUGUAAAGAGGCCAAGGAGCUCAAGGAUAAGUUUGUGUCAUUCCAGAUCAAUCAUAUUGUUAGGGUACAUGCAAAAUGAUUACUUGUUUCCUUA